GUGUGUGGGUGGCUUCUAUCUCACCUUCACAACGCCCUACUUCCUUUCCAUUAGGAUUGUCGACAAUGCGACCCUACCCUUCCAAUGACAGCCCUUCAGAAGCACACGUGUCAACUUUCGAGCCCACACUGUCAGCGAGCAAUGACAUGACAGCCUCUGGCUGUCAAAACCCGCGUAGCAGAGACUCGCUUUCCCCCGUAGACGUGCAACAAAGCCCUCAAUCUGAUCCGAGCAUCUCACACCUCUUGCAGCAGUUGAGGCAAUGGCGGCAGAACCGACGCAGCGAAGCGAGGAGCUGGUCUCUAAACGCGGCGGACUCGGCGGUACCAAUGGACGUACUCCCUUCGGAGGGUCCAACAUUGACCCAAUCAUGGAGCCCUCCCAAACGGAAGGUCCCGGAGAUAACCGGCGGGGCGCCAGCUGACAUGAUUCUGUCAGAGGAGCACCAGCCGGCGCACAAGGAGCCGCGAUGGGUCGCGACGCGGCAUUCUCGCGACGACCAAGCCGCCGCGAACCGGAGGGACUUUCCGUGUGAACAUGAGAUCAUCUCCCCUGGUGGGUACAAGGGGAGCGGACGCUGGAGGAACACUCACCAGCAGCCUGACGAGCGUCGACUCGUUACCAAACUGGUGGAAGACGCGCAAAGGACACGAGACGCGCAAUGGGCGCACGACGAGCAAGGGGCGGCACAAGACGUGCGGCAAUGGGCGCAAUGCGCCGCACAAGAGGUACAAAGGGCGCAAGAGCCGCGGCGAGGGGCGCAGGACAGAAGCAGCGGCGGAAGCGGCGUGAUGCUCUUCGGAUGCAAUAUUUCCGCUUCCGCCGCAAACGACUUCCGAAAUCCCCCCAAGGAACCGGCGGACCCCUUCACCAGUUUGGAACACCAACGCGCUGGCAGAGGAGUGCAUACUUACGGCGAGGCCGCGGGUUUGUCCAACUCUGUUUGGAAAAGCGCCGUUUCCGCAGGAAAAUCUACCUCUGCUGGAAUGAUGAUCGACGACGCCGCGAAUGCCGCUAAUGCUGCAGAUCGCGCCGCUCAGCUACCCGCUUCGAACUCCUACCCGGGAGCCCGAACCCGCCCGCAGCACAAUGCAGCCUUGGACGCGACGCGUCCAGGACUCCGGCUGGAAGCGGCACAGCCGACCGCCACACUCGGCUCUGCCAGCGCAUCCGCGAACCUUGGGAUCGCCGACGAAGGGACUCGCGCGGCGGCGGGAAUAAACCCUGUAAUGCUGGCCUAUGCGCGGCGACUGCAUGAGACAUACAUACGGGCAGACGACGCGACGCCGCGAAACCCUACAGGCCACGCAAGACCUAGAACCGCACGCGAAACGCCGCCUCAAGAGGCGCCCCCGCGCUUCACUGACAGCUGGCGCGGCGCGCUCGACAGCCACGCCGCCGCCACCGCCACCACUGCCGCGGCCGCCGUCGCCCGCGGCGCAGCAGAGAGAUCUCCGCCCGUCGGGGAGCGGCUGCGCUCGGUCGUGCAAGCGCUCCAGGAAGGCCCGCCGUCAUUAGAUUCGGACUCAAGCGCCGCGCCAACCGCUGCGGCAGGAAGCAGUGGUUUCGGGUUUGGCGGUGAAUGGUCCUACACUUCCGCGGGACUCGAAGCGCUGUUCGCAGCGAACGCCACCAAUGCGCCGCGUGGUGGCGCUGCGCCGGCAGGUGACGCGUCUGCGGAGUUACUACUAUCGCGACACCUGCAGGACGCAACGAGAGUCGCUGCACAGGCUGGGAGAACCCUAAACCCCGCGAGUGGCGCACUCAGCCAGCCGACGGAGGUCCCCCCUGCGGCGGAAACCAUCCGCAGGGCCGCCGCGCUGGCGACUGGCGGGGAAGCUGCGCCGCUGGGGUCCAGCGCCGCGCGGCGGGAAGCCGGUAGAGGCGGCGGAGCUGCUACUACCGGUGCUGCUACUAGCGGAGCUGCUACUAUGGGAGACGGAGCGACAAGUGCGACGAGAGCAUCGGGUGGCCCGCUCUCAGCAGGGAUGGGCGACGGGGUGACGAAAGCAUCGCCUCGGCGACGGUUUCGGUGCACGAUGUGCGACCGGCGCUUCUCGUCGGGGCAGGCGCUUGGGGGGCACUCGCGCAUGCAUGCGAUGCAGCGGCGCGUGCAGGACGAGAGCGGCCGCUGAGCGGAGUGACCGUAGAGUGAUUCUAUUGCUGAUUCUCGUCGGGAAAGACGCUAGGGGGCACUCGCAAGACACGAGCAGCCGCUGAGCGGAAUGCUCUGUCUGAGCGGCGACGGAAGGCGGAUGGGAGUAAGUCGUUAAUGCUCCUAGUCUGACGAUUCUAGCCGUCUUAGAUUUCACUCCCACUCUUGCGCUACUAGCGUCCCUCCUUCAGUGUUCGUCACACGACAAAUGCGCAGGUGGUGUGAGGAGCAGCUCAAUCGAGGAAUCGAGAUGUGCGAAUAACAGCUUACGAUGAUGAAAAAAGUAGGAGCGUGCCUGUCAAGAAAUGCUCGUAAUGAAGCAGUGACGGGCUGCCAAUGGAUUUCAGGUUUGGUGAUGGGAGUAUGGAUGUUCUCGCUAUUGGGGCUGUGCCUUUCCGCUGGCGGAGAAGGCUGAAGGGCCAAGUCGUUCAGAACAAAUACGCUGUAGUUUACUUGAUCACGUAUGUCCUAUGAUAUAGG